UCGUCAAUUCGUUCCUCUGCCUGUUUCUUUGCCAAACACAAUCUUUUCCAUUCCAUUAUUUCACCUCACAAUCUCCGAUCUAUACAGCCGAUGGUUCAUGCGUAUACUUCGGCAGUGCUUCUACCGGUUAGGCCACGUCAAAAUAUUUCUAACAAAAUGGUCGAAAUCGAGUCCAUGACGAGGUACAUCUCCCCCAUAAAUCCAGCAGUGUUUCCGCACUUGGCUGUGGUACUCUUGGGGAUUGGAAUAUUUUUUACCGCAUGGUUCUUUGUCUACGAAGUGACCAGUACCAAAUUCACCAGGGAUAUAUUCAAGGAGCUACUCGUCUCGCUGGUCGCUGCUAUAUUCUCAGGAUUCGGAGUGCUGUUCUUACUACUGUGGGUCGGAAUUUAUGUUUAGCAGCGGAUAACGACUCACCUUGCCUGGAAAGACUCUCCCAAAUUCCGGACGGGUAUACACCAACUCGUCUCUUACUAACUGUGUGAAUCGAUAUCGCUAUCUUUGUCGCUCCGUCAAACUGAACUCAUUUUUUAUAAGCGUAAUAAAUUUCAAUGAUACGGUCAUGCUCUUUGGUAACCUCGUCUCAGUUGUGCGUCGAAAGAAAUGCUGUACACAGGCAUAAUAAUUGUAAAUAGUUAGCCAUUGAUUGUAAUACAUUACGACUGAAAAAUCAGCGGUCCGAUCAUGAGUCUGACUUCGUAAACAUUCCUGGACAGGGGAGAAAGAAAUUUUCGGCUCGAGAUUCUCGUCGGUUUUACUUCAGCACUUUAUUGUGUUAUCCCGAGUGUUGACUCGAUCUAUUCAUACAGUGAUAUAAUGUUAUCAAUAAAUUUCCGUAAUAUACA